GCUCAAGGCAGGGGCUGGAGGAUAUUCCUGUGCCACAUCCAUCACCCUCUUGUGUUCUGAAAUAGUACCAAUGUUUUCACAACAACGCGAUUGAGUGAAAAUGUCCCCCUCACUUCUGAGGUAUUUACCGAUUUCAAGAACCUGGUGAAUUGGAGGCUAAGAGAGGAAACCAGCACUAGAAGUUUUACCAUGCGUAGUGACGGAUCCAUCCACGUUGAGAAGUAGUCCAAGAAAAUGUAUCGAAGGCACAACUACCGGAUCACAACACAGAAAAAAGAGAACACCGAGGAAAAGUAGAGUGAUGAAGCACUGCCGAAUCAAGAGCCUCAACCUUGCGGAUGAUGUAUGAGAAAGCACCGCGUACUUAACCUUCUUGUAGUCAUCUCGCGCUUGCGCAUUGAACGAUGAAUUUCAGCAGGCCUCUAGUACAAAGUGAGAAUUUAUUUUUACGUUAUCACAUGAUAGAAAUAUAUACGCAUUUUUUAUCUCGUUGCAGUCCCCAUAGCAAAAACGUAAUUUUUUAUACAAUUCUCCAGAACUACACGUACACCAGAGGAGUCACCAGAGUCGAGUAUUGAUAGCUUAAACAGUAUAUCUCUGAUGUACUAAAUAACAAAGACAAAAUUGAACCUCGUGGAAAUAAUAAGUAAGUGGCCCGGAAGCGCAAACAAUUUCACAUCCUCCCACGCUUGAUAACCUCGCCCACAUAAUACCAAGUGGCGCGCAGCCACAACCACGCAGUCGAAAAUGACGAAUAAUCAGUCGGAGAAGGUCGUGCGGGCCUUCGAUUAUUCGAAGUUCAACAACAUCGACAUAAGCGACGAUGAGGACAACUUUCACCCCAAUAUCGAGAAAAACUUCAACAUACGGAUCAACAAAGAGGUCCGGGGGAGAAAGGUAUAUAUACACCUGAACUUGAUGACUCGCAUUGGAAUUGGAAUAUAUUCUUUUGCACUUUGAUAUGCAUGUCGAUGACAGAUCAUGAGACAGCAUGGGUACAGUACUUUCAGUGAUAAUUCCCGUCCUGAGUAGAAACUGGAUUUCAUAUUUCCAACGUUAAAAACGACCUCCAGAUAAACGAAAUGGACAUGGAGAAAGAAGAGCUGAAGAAAAAGGAUGACGAGAAAUCAAAGAAAAGGCUACAAGAGCUGGAGAGAAAACAGAUAUGGCACGCAGGGAACAUGUGCGAGGUGAAGGAAGAGAAGACGCACGUCGGUACUUCUAUAUGUAGGCUGUUUGUUUGGUUGGAAUUGAUAAUAUCAUUCUUGAUACGUAAACGUAACUCAGUGUCUUGCAAGGACAUCACAAACUUUUUCUUCGUUCUUUAGGUGCACGAUGGUUUCACCUUCAUGGAUCAAAAUGCUGUUGGAGCUGCUGACACACCGGACAUUUUGUCAAUAACCGAACACAAAUUUUAAACACCAGGCACCUACGGGCGUUCUGACCCCAAGCGAGACAUACUACCUGGAAAAGAAGAAGGCAUGAACGACGCCAAGGACCUGGACGAGUAUAUGGUUUGGAAGGGGCAAAACCAAAAGCUUCUCGACGAGCUUGUUGACGCAGGCGGAAACAUGACCAGGACACAGCAAUUGCUUGAGAAGGAGGGGGACAAGCUCGUGACACAGGACUUCGCGAACACGUAUAGAUUGCGUUACCAUGCUGGUUCUACAAGUAACAGUAGACUAGGUUAUGGUUAUUUCUUGCCGGCAGAAUUUUAAUGCGUGGUCAUCAUCUUCCAUUAUUCGUAGUUCAAAACACAGUAUAGUACCAAAAAAACGCCGGUGUUUCAUCAAAACAGCUACCUGAUGCUGGCCUGCCUCGAGUUCGAGAUGGAGGGCAACCGAAAACGCAGCUACAAGUGCGCCCAGCAGUCCCAACUACUGACCCACGUGAAGGUAUGGAAGCGUCAGGACCGAAAUCAACAAAAUCGAAAUAGUUUGUGAUGCAUAAAACCGAUACGAGUUGGAGCCUCAGUUUCCAAGUGGCGCGUGACAAAUUUCGGGAGCACCAAAAUCCAGCCUGUCAUGCUACUCUGGCAGCACAUCGCCUUCCCCUAAACAGGCUUGCAAUCGGUCUUAUUUGCCUGCUCCCCAACGCAGGCCAUACGUGCCCUACAUUUUAUGCAUGACAAAUCAUUUUGAUUUUGUCAAUUUCGAUGCUGACACUUCCAUAGAAGGAGCUCGCCAAGUCCUUCGGCCGGCCGCCGCGGGACAUUGUGACCCGGUGGUUCCAGAAGGUAGCGGACAACGAGGACGCGCGGAAAAUCUGGGAGGCGGAUGUAUCACAGUGCACAACUCCCCCUCCCCCUCUUCAUUUGUAUAGCAUGAACAGCAAUACAAGCAUCAGCAAGAGUGCCUGUUUUGCAUGACAAAUUUACACUGGAGUCUGGUCCUAUUUGAACUACCAAAACUUGUGAUGCAAGCGGUGCCAUAAGGCAGCGACUGGAUUCGGGGUUUUGCAUGACAAACGAGGGGGAGGGGGGCUUGUGCACUGUCAUAGGAUGUCGACGGGUUUGCGAAGCGAGUGCAGGAGCGCGCGGUGGAAAAGAAAAAGGAGGAGGCCGAGGAGAAGCUGCGAAAAAGGGAGGAGGAGGAAAAAUACGUCGCCACGCACUGGAAGAGAAAGGACCAAAUCGUAUCCCGCGUAAAAACGUCCCCACCCCAGAGUUGUCAUGCAAAUCUGCAUGGUGAAAAUGUCUCCCAUGUCGUGGAGCCCCAUGGGAAGCAUUUUGUAGUCGUGUUUCGGAAUUUAUCAUGCUCCGAUCAGCAUGAUGUGCUAGCUCUGUGAUGCUGCUGAACUAGUCAACCAAGAACUACACUGCGAGGCCAAACUUGUCAUGCGCAACAGCCAAAGCUUGCUGAUUUGUCUUGCAGAUUUCCCAAUUUGAGUAUGGGGUGGGGACGGUCUUACACAGGAUAAAUCGACGCCAAAGAGGAGGAAGAUGAGGAGUACGAGAUUGGGGAGGCGGUGCCGAUGGUAGAAGCCAUGAAGCAAAUGACCAAACAGGAACGGAUAGAAAUGGCCCCCGGAGGGCUAGACCCGCUCGAAGUGUUCGAAGGUAUAAAUAUGGAGCUAAGUACUUGUUUUUAAAACAUUUUCAAAGUAGGGGAAGAUGAAUAAAAGUGCUGCUAUGUAGUUGUUCUAUCGACUCGCUUUAUUGAGCUAUGAAGCCUGUAGUUCGUUCACAGAUCUUGCAUGGGUCGUUUAGGGUUAGAUGAUGUAGUCCUGUGAACAACAAGCGACUCAACAUCAACUGCAAAAAUUCUACUCGAAACAAAUUAUCAGAACUUCCGCAAGAGAUGAGGAGGUGUUUCGAGUCGCAAGACACCCAGAUGCUCGUGGACCUACAGAAGACGAUGGAUCCCGCGAUCUUCAACUAUCCUGAGCAAAAACGUCCCCACACCAGAGUUGUCAUGUAGAUUUGCAAUGACAGGAACAUUUGUAAUGCGCAUCUACAUGAGUAUGAGAGGCAUUUCCAAUCGUGUUUUGGCAUUUGUAAUGCUGUAAACAGGAUGAGAACAUGGGUUUGUGAUGCGACUGUCCUUGCUAACCUGCACUACACUACAGAGACGCAUUUGUCAUGCGUGGCGCCCAAAGCUUCUGGUGGAUUUGUGUUGCUAAGUUCCCAACUUGACUAUGGGGUGGGGACGUUUUUACACAGAAUAUCAACCCACAUUUGAUCAAGUGCAUCAAGGCGGGGCUUUGGAGCCAGCCCAUGGGCGACGAUAGCGACGAUGAGAAGGAAGAGGAAGAACCAAAAAUCGAAGUUUUGGAAUCAUCAAAGCAUGUCGUUGAGUAAAAAGUGCAUCAUGGUCUUUCAAUCAUGUUGUUGCCAGCAGCAGGACAGAGAAUGAGCAUGUUCAUCACGGAACAAGCUGCAAUUGCAAGCUCUCGAUGUAUAUCAAAAGUAAAAGUGUCUGGGUCUGGAUGAAUGCAGAUGUUUGUGAUGCAGGUUUUGCAUGACGCAGAGUUGUGUCUGGCAAGCAGGACCAGCAUCACAGGUUCUACUUCGAGAGCUUCACGAUGCCUACUCAGCAUCAGAAAUCCGCUCUCACCAUGCCCAAACAGAAGUACUCAGCUUGUGCGGUUUGUGCAAGACAGAUUUUUGUGUGAUCUGAAAUGCGCAUAACAAGUUGCAACCUUCCAGACCCAGACAUAUUUGCAAUGCAUAAUGUGGAUCCUGCUGCAGCAUCAUGGGACCGUUGAAUCCAUGGUCUUCAACUACACGCGAAAUCAACAUGUUUACAGUACCUUUUCUUCUUCAUAAAGAAUAAAAACUUUUUCAACAGCGAGCGACUACGCUAAAGUAGAAAUCUUUCUGAUAGCGACGAAUAAAUACAAGUCAUUCUUCUUUGGCUACAGGAAUUCGAAAAUAAUAUCCUGGCCAUCAACACAGCCAGCCUCGCUGGAGGAAGAACGACGUGGUCUUCGUUGCGAUCCAAAAACGAUCUUACGUAUAAGCGACAGCCAUAAAAAUUUUGCGACAAAAAAAAUCAUACGUAUCAAGGAGCACCAAAUAGAAAAAUUUGCUCUUUGUGCUGGCGAGAAGAAAGAUGCCAGACAGAGGUGACGUUCUUGAAGGGUGAGAAAUAAAUCGUCAUUGAAAUCAUG